UCGAUCCUCUCAUAACCUGCCCGCUCCGACCAGUUUAGCUGGGCUGGUUGGAGGUGUCAAGUAUUGUUACCGGAUUGUUCACUUUAUAACCAUCCCCAAUGCACUCUUCUUGUGGAAGAAAUCUCCAAGUGAUGGACUAAUUAUCCAUAACAGGGCGACCAUCAAGAUUUAUACACGCUUGAAUCGUGGUGAGAAUGCCGUACUAAUCAUAUUCUAUCACUUCGACUUCCGCAUAGUUUACACUGCCCUAGUGUACUCUUUUUGCCACAUUGCUGGGUUACGCACUAUUUUGAGUUAUCUGUUCACGCGACGACUAGCGGAAGGCUUGUAGCCACUGAAUCCUCCCAGGAUGACCACGCUGCAAACCAAGGCUAACGCGAUAAGAGGCGACGGGCUCUUCAGGGACCAGCCUCUCGCCUUUGAGUCUGACCGUUCCUGUACAAGGUGGUCUACCUCUAUGAUGCGAAGACUUACGAGGCGGAUCGUGUUCUUCGCUGUUCUAGCGUCUUUGCUUGGGUUCUGUCUUCCCCAAGAUCGUGUCGGAGCAAGAGAAGAAACGGUCAAACCUCAAAGUUUCCCCGAUCUCUAUGAGGCAUCUAUUGCAGAGUUGCAGGCUGGACUCGCCAGCGGGCUCUUCACGAGUGUCGACCUUGUUCAGGCUUAUUUUGCUCGAAUUGAAGAAGUCAACCUCCAGGGACCCACUCUUCGAGCUGUGAUUGAGACCAAUCCAAGCGCGCUAGCUCAAGCUGCGGCUCUGGAUCAGGAGCGUCAACUGACUGGCCCUCGUAGCCCUCUCCAUGGCAUUCCAAUCAUUGUCAAAGAUAAUAUAGCAACUUUGCAUUCCGAAGGAAUGAAUACCACAGCUGGCUCUUUCGCACUUCUAGGAUCUGUAGUCCCUAGAGACGCAACUGUAGCAGCCAAACUUCGCGCAGCAGGCACAAUCAUCCUUGGUAAAGCCAAUCUCAGCGAAUGGGCAAACUUUCGCGGUCGUGUUCCUUCAGGGUUCUCGGGCCGCGGCGGUCAAGCAUCAAGUCCUUACGUCCCGCUAGGCGAUCCCUCUGGAUCCAGUUCUGGAAGUGGUAUUUCAAGUGCGAUUGGUUUGGCUGCCGGCGCUCUUGGGUCUGAAACGGAUGGAAGUAUUGUUUCGCCUAGUCAGAAUAAUAAUUUAGUUGGGAUCAAGCCGACCGUUGGGCUCACUAGCAGGGCAGGUGUCGUACCCAUAUCCGAACAUCAGGAUACCGUCGGCCCUAUGUGUCGUUCAGUAGCAGAUGCAGCCACGAUCCUCACGAUCAUCGCUGGCCGAGACCCUUUGGACAACUUCACGCUCGCACAACCAACCGUCGUUCCCGAUUACACCAAAGCUUUGGACAAAACCGCACUGAAAGGUGUUCGUCUUGGUAUACCCAGAGGAUUUUCACCUGGUAAUCAGAAUAUCAUCGCUGCAUUCAAUGCCUCGGUUGAGAUCAUACGUUUAUUGGGCGCGACUGUGAUUGACCCGACGGAUUUCCCGAGUUUGGCUGAGAUUAGGGCGAGUAGGAAUGAAACUAUUGUAUUGGAUACUGAUUUCAAGGUUGACGUGAAUCGAUACAUCGCAGACUUGGUGGAAGUGCCAACUGGCGUGAAGAACCUUGCUGACCUUAUUGCCUUCAAUUCAGCACACGCAGACCAAGAAUUAGUAGAACCAUUCUGGACAGAUCAGUCUACUUUUAUCGCUUCAGAAAAUACGACCGUCAAUCAAGCUUACUUCGAUGCCCUUGCAGCAGACAAGGACAUCGGCCAAACUCGAGGCAUCGAUGCGACGCUCGAGAUGUUCAACCUUGAUGCUCUCUUGUUACCUACAAGUGGUGCUUCCGGUCCCGCAGCGAUCGCAGGGUACCCUAUUGUUACUGUUCCGCUCGGAUUCCAACCAGCUAACACCACACUUUCACCUGCUCAACCAACUCGCUCAAUGGGACCGAACCAACCAUUUGGAAUCUCAUUCAUGGGCACAGCAUUCAGCGAGUUCAAGCUGAUUAGUUACGCGUUUGCUUACGAACAGGCCACCCACAAUCGUUUGAAGCAGUUGGCAUUCCCUGAGGCUAUUCCGAAGACACAAUUGACUGAUAUCGUUGGAAAAUAGAUUACACGAGUCAUUAUGAAGGAAAUUAAUUCAACAUGAGAAAAAAAAAAGGAAGCUACGAUGUAGUGAUAUUACAAGCCUAUUUCAAGAUAGGACGCAGACAAGAUCGUGUACUUCAGCCAGAAAAAUGGUGCGACACCGACACUUGGACUUUCAAGGAACGUAGUGCGUUCAGCACAUA